AUGCGCACUGUGCACUUUGAUGGAACUGCCCCGUGCAUUCUGGAGGUGUCCCCGCUGGACGAUGCCCAUCAGCCGGCUGCUGACCGAGAUGACCGGCCUAGAUUCGAGCGAGUGCCAGCCGCACUGCUGGCCUCCCGGUAUCUGGUCACACGGAAAACGAAUAACGGUUCCGCUAAAAAGGACCUGGACGGUCCCAUUAAACCGGUUGUGAUAAGGCCGGCGGUGAAACGACCGGAAAUGAACGACGUUUGCCAGUGGAUGAUGACGGCGGGGCCGGAUGGGCGGGCGGUGCCCUUUCAGAAGAACCUGGACAAGCAGCAGCUGAUGCAGACGUGUUGCUCAAUGGGAAUGGGUGGACGCAGCAGCAGCGAAGAACCGAUCGAGCUGCUGGACGUGGACCCGCAGGAGACGGAAGACACCACGUUGGACUACCAGCGGAAGGGCAAGCGCCCCGUCAUCAAGACUACGACACGACAGACGUACUUUUUGCUCGUGAUUGGCCUGGUUGUUCCGGAGAAGCUCAAGCUGGGCGAUGAGAGUGAACAAGGACUCGUACGUCGUACUUCAUCCUGGACACUUCCGGCCGAGUAUGACGCGCUCGUCAAGGCGAUGGAGGUGGACGAAUGGCCCACCGAGCACUACUCGGACAUUGGUGGGUUGGACAAGCAAAUCCAGGAACUAAUUGAGGCCGUCGUGCUGCCGAUGACGCACAAGGACAUGUUCAAGAACCUGGGAAUUCAUCCGCCGAAGGGAGUGCUGCACGCUUUCGGCUGGUACCUGUGUGGCGCAAACAAAGUCGACCUUCCUGAAGCUGGCCGGCCCGCAGCUGGUGCAGAUGUUCAUCGGAGACUCGUCCGGGACGCGUUUGUACUAACCAAGGAAAAGUCGCCGGCGAUUACUUCCUGCACGCGAUUACGUUGCAGACGCAUCCAACUGUUCCAUAUGCAUGUUUUAAAUUUAUUUGACUUAAUUUGGUCACCUGGAGUUCAAUGA